CCUACGGAUCCAUGUGUGCGGCCGUGUUUUAUAAUUAUUAUAAGCAAAAUCCGAAGGAGGGUAUGUAUUUAAUGUAUGUCUCUACAGUGGGUGAGCCGAUGAAAAUGCCUCCAGAGAUAGAGGGAGUGGUCGGUAAGUACCCUUAUCUAUUUGAAGAGCCGAAAGGGGUUCUUGAGAGGGAGGUCGUCCACGUGAUAGAGAUUAUGGCAGGGUCUAGUAUUCCGAAGGGUAGGAUCUAUCGAAUGUCUUCAGCGGAGCUAGACGAGCUUCGCCAGCAAUUCAAGGAUCUCAUAGAAAAGGGUUGGAUCCGGCCAAGUGUCUCCCCUUACGAGUCUCCUGUCCUAUUCGUACCAAAGAAGGGGGGAACGUUGAGGAUGUGCAUUGAUUAUAGGGGCCUCAAUGCCAUCACUGAGAAGAACGCAGAGCCCCUACCGCGCAUCGAUGACUUAUUGGACCGAGUGCAAGGGUGUCGGUACUUCAGUAAGAUAGAUCUAAAGCCUGGGUACCAUCAGAAUGCAAUCCGGCUUGAGGAUCAACACAAAACCGCUUUUCAAACCAGGUACAGUCUGUACGAGUUUGUGGUGAUGCAUUUCGGCCUUUGCAAUGCUCCUGGCACCCUUCAGCACGCUAUGAACCGGAUUUUUCAUGACUACUUGGACAAGUUUGUCAUUGUGUACCUCGAUGACAUACUUAUCUUUAGUAGGACUGCCGAGGAGCAUGUAGCCCAUCUAGACAAAGUUCUCAGUCUCCUUCGACACCGCCAGUUCAAGAUCAACUGGGAUAAGUGCGAGUUCGGCCGCACCAGGAUCUUGUAUCUGGGCCAUGAGGCAUUGAACCCCGAUAACGCGAAGGUGGCCAACAUUCGUGACUGGCCACAUCCUCAGUCUGUGACUGAGAUGAGGUCCUUCUUAGGGGUGACCGGCUACUACUGUAAUUUUGUAAAGAACUAUACCAUAGUGCAGAAGGGGCCAAAGUUGAGGCCGGUAGAGUACAUGUCCAAAAAGAUGCCCUCUCAGAAGUUGGCGAAGCCCACCUAUGAGAAGGAACUCUAUGCGAUUUACGAAGCGCUAACCCACUGGAGGCACUAUCUCCUUGGGAGGUUCUUCUAUGUCAGGACUGAUCAUCAGACCCUGAGGUGGAUGAGAACACAGCCUGUGCUCUCCGAUGCUUUGAAACGUUGGAUUGAAGUCAUAGAGCAGUAUGACUUUGAACCCAAGUACAUCAAAGGAGAGUACAAGGUUCCUGAUGCGUUGUCGCGUAGGCCAAACUUCCUUGGUGCGCUGAUCAUUGAGUUUGGGCUUGCGGACGAUGUUACUCGAUCACUGGUGGAAGCCUAUCGCGAGGAUCCGUUUAUGCCUGAGAUCAUAAGCAGGCUCGAGGCAAAGGACAAAGUAGCUUCUGAAGAGUUUGUGUUGGUCGAUGGCCUGUUGUUCCUUGCGAAGGCCGGGAAUUAACGUUUGUGUGUGCCAAACCGGGAGUCUUUGCGUAGUUUAUUUUUAGGUGAAUGUCAUAACGCCACAGGACAUUUGGCUAUAAGAAGACUGCAGCAAACUUGCUGCAGCAGUUCUGGUGGCCCACAAUGAUGAGAAAUGCCAAGCUGUACGUGGAAACUUGUCAGGUGAGUCAGAGAGACAAGCCACGUACACAAGCCCCUCUUGGGCUUCUCAAGCCCCUUCCGAUUCCGGAAAGGCCCGGUGAGAUCCUGUCCAUGGAUUUCAUGGACACACUGGUCACCAGCAAGAGCGGUAUGCGAUACGUCUUUGUCAUUGUGGAUAGGUUUAGUAAGUAUGCUAGGUUAGUCGCAAUGCCCGAGA